CUUCUUCUUCUAUUCUGCGGUCCUAUUUCCGAGGUGACGAUCUUGGCCCCGCGAUUCGCAAAGCAUUUGUCAAUCCAAAAAGAGAGAAGUCUGAGAUUUCUGGUAGAAACGACAAAGAACUUUUUGAGAGAGCGAAAAUGCGCUUUCUUGGCUGAUCCGGGCAUUCGGCUUCAACAGGAAUUACAAUGUUUUCAAAAAAUAGUGGUCAUACAUGCUGUGCAUUGUAGAGCGAUUCUCGAUGGAAUCAAUGGUUUUACCAUACAUAAACCCAUUUUCGUCUAAAUACAAACUAGUCAGCUCAAGCUGCCUUAUGGAGCCCGCAUGAUACUCAGCAAAAGACUUACGGAGAUGAGUAAUGAAGGAAGAGGAGCGCUCUUAUUCACA